CUUCUCACUGUGCACCGUGACCACCUCGGAGUCUCCAUCACUGAAUCCCCUCUCUCUUACAAUGAAGUCGGAUUUAAAUGUACUUUUUUUCAUUGUCUGUACUGUCGAGGUCUCUCUUCUUCAGGAGUAUUGUCCAACUGGGUGCCAGUGUGACUGGGACAUCUACAGCGUGUCAUGUUUUGGAGCUGAGGUCAUCCCUCUUUUCCAUUCCAGCACACAGGAGGUGUGGAUGGUGGGGACUCAGCUUUCCUCCAUUCCUGAAAACGCAUUCUCCAACUUGGCCAACAUUUCUCACAUAUACAUCUCAGAUGAUGAUACUUUAAAGUAUCUGGAGAAGCAUUCUUUCCACAACCUGUCCAGGGUCAGCCACAUACAGCUGACUGGUAUCAAAACCCUGUCACACAUCGACCAAGAGGCGUUUAAAGAUCUGCCUAAUUUAAAGUACCUAGGAAUCACCAACACAGGGCUCACCUCCUUCCCUGGGCUUCAAUAUAUUCAGUCCAGCCAGGAUGAUUUUAUUUUGGAGAUAGUGGAGAAUGUCUUCAUUCAGGUGAUACCCGCUAACUCCUUCACUGGAAUAUCUGAGAAUACUCUGACCAUGUGAGUACGACUUAUAGUUGAAUUGUUAAUAACUCACGUGCAUUGAAAUGACAAUGUGUAGGGUUAAUUU